AUGGAAGACAAACGAGAGAGUUCUGCUGCUCCCACUUCAUUCACUAGCGUCUUGAAACUCUCCCAAAUGGGGGCUGCUGCUUCUGUUCCCAAACGCUAUGUUCUUCCUCCAUCGCAGCGUCCUAAUCUUGGCCUUUGUCCAAAUCUUGCCAUCGUCUCGCCCAUUAUAGACCUGUCCUCGUUACACCAUCCAAUUCAUGGGCUUCGAAUCAAGGAGGAAGUACGCCUAGCAUGCAAGGACUCAGGAUUUUUCCAGGUCAUUAAUCAUGGGAUACCUCUUUCAGUCAUGAAUAAUGCCCUAGACGCUGCAACUGACUUCUUUGAGUUGCCACACGAAGAGAAGAUGUCACUUGCAUCAGCCAAUAUCCGCGAACCUGUUAGAUAUGGAACCAGUCUGAAUCAUGUUGAGGAUAGGGUUCUCUUUUGGAGAGACUUCAUCAAACAUUACUCUCAUCCGAUUUCAACUUGGAUCGACCAAUGGCCAUCAAAUCCAAAAACCUACAAGGAAAAAAUGGGAAACUAUACGCAAGCUGUGCAUGCAUUGCAUAGAAAGUUGAUGGGAGUUGUAUUUGAGAACUUAGGGCUAAGCCCUAAGUACUUACAUGAGGGCAUUGAUGAAGGAUCCCAAGUCAUGGCUGUGAACUGCUAUCCUACAUGUCCUGAACCAGAUCUCGUACUAGGCAUGCCACCACACUCGGACUACGGUUACAUGACUAUAAUACUUCAAAAUCAUCAGGGACUAGAAAUCAUGAGCCAUGACAAGAAAUGGUAUCAAGUUCCAGUCAGGAAAGGAGCCCUGGUGAUUCAGAUAGGAGAUCAAAUGGAAAUAAUCAGCAAUGGUCUAUGUAAGAGCCUUGUCCACCGCGCUACGGUUAACUCGGACACUGAUCGUAUUUCCAUUGCGAGCCUUCAUAGUUUAGCCUUAGAGAGGAAGGUAGGACCUGCCCCGCUGCUUGUGGAUGAUCAACAUCCUUUGUCCUACGCAGAAGGGAGCUUCAGUGGUUUUCUUGACUUCAUUUCAAAUAAUGACAUCAUGGAAGUGAGGUAUAUAGACGCUCUGAAGAAGAAUCCAUGAAGACUAAUUCUGCAUGCACCAUGCCAACUUCCAACUAGCUAGAACUAGGUGUUUUCUUGAAUUACCAGUAAUACAGUAUCGACAU